AUGAUUUUUGUUUCGUCGGCACCCAAGGUGCACUUUAGGAGCGUCAGCCAUGCAGGCUUCAGUAUGAGGGUUUGUGGUUUGUCAAGCAGGCGCAUAGAGCGGCGGACCCUUGCAACGUUGGCCGAGGAUGUUAAGUCAGAUUCAACAUUCAGGAUACCGCUGAUCGACUUUAGCAAGUUUCGUUCGGCCAGUUCGCCGUCAGAAAAACGACGGACUGCAGACGAGAUCGUGAACGGGUUCAAGGAAGUUGGCUUCAUUUACCUCGAAAAACAUGGUAUUCCAGAUUCAACAAUUAAACACGUCUUCCAAAAGAGCGCCGAAUUCUUCCGUCUUCCAAUUGAAGUGAAGUCCCAGCUUGCAUGGGAAGAUCCUCGUGCCAACCGCGGGUUUAUUCAAAUUGGCCGCGAACGCGUCACACAAUCCUCCGACGCCGACGAAAUCGCCAAAUUACGAGAAAAGGCGCCGGAUUUUAAAGAGACCAUGGAGAUUGGGCGUGAUUGGGACAAGAUAUGGAAGAAUCGCUGGCCGCAGGAGGACGCCGUUCCCGGUUUCCGCGAGACGAUGCUGCAAUUCUUCCAGACCUGCCAUGAGCUACACACGUCCGUAAUGAGAGCAAUUGCUAUUGGCUUGGAGCUGGACGAGUCGUUUUUCGAAGACAAGAUUCAUGAGCAGUAUCAUAAUCUCCGCUUGUUGAAUUAUCCUCCAAUCCGGAGACAAUUUCUUGAACAGGAAGGACAAGCAAGGGCGGGUGCUCACUCAGAUUAUGGCACAUUGACUCUCCUCUUCCAAGACUCCGUCGGCGGUCUUGAAGUCGAGAAUCCCCACACCAAACACUACCAGCCUGCAACUCCCAUCCCUGGUACGAUUGUUAUUAACGCAGGCGAUCUUUUGGCGCGUUGGAGCAAUGAUGUCCUCCGCUCGACCCUCCACCGCGUUGUUGCCCCGCCCGCUAUGAAAGUCAGUGCCACGGAAAGCGUCACGCCUGCACGACAAUCCAUCGCGUUCUUCUGCAAUCCAAAUGCGGGUGCGCAAAUUGCGUGCCUCCCAACUUGCAGUAAUGUCGGGCAGGAGCACAAAUACGCGCCAGUGACGACAGAAGAGUAUAUCGUCGGCCGUCUUUCAGCUACAUUACAUUGA